UCGGCCAGGCAUGCACACAUCCAGGCAGGCGGGUAAGAGGGAGCAUACAUAGUUACCGGUACCUCGAUUGACAGUCUUGACAGAUGGCGUUUGGGUCUGAGGGCUGCUAAUAAUGCCCGUGCAGAAUACAUGUUAAGAAGGAUGGAAAAUGCUGCCGCCGAGCAGACUACAGUACAACAUAUGCGCACCGUCCUCAUCACCGACCCAAAGUCUGUGGGAGGGAAUGGACACUAACAUUUUUUGUGUAGAUUCUCUCCGACGCAGUCUUGUCUCUGCAUCGUCACGUGAACGAGACAGAAACAUUGUAAAACAGGGGAUCUUCUGUACAUUCCUUUCAUGGACUAGCCUCCUUAUUAGUGUAGUUUAUCCCGAAGAUUGGAGCCACCGGCGAAUCGACAUCACACUAUGAUACAAUGUACGCAAGGAUAGGCAAACACCCUCCGUAAGCAUUGGAUAACGUUAAGCCCAUCAG